AUGGCUCAUGAGUGUCCUGGAGACAGUGAGGGCACGCAGCGCCGCCGUGUUGAGGAUCUCCCAUGGUGGCGCUACAACCGCGCCUUGGCGCUUUGGUAUUGUGAGUGGCUCGAUACCUACUACGACAGUGGGGAUGGCGCUUUCUUCUGGCGUGACGAGCUGACGCAGGCCUUCGAGAGCGCGGACAUGGCAGAGGUGAAGGAGGCAGCGGAAAGGAUGCGACUGGAACUGCCCCGUGAAGGGCCAGACACUGGCGAGCCGGAGGAGGCUGAGGAGGCGGAUGGCGUUGCGGAUGGGGUCGUGACUGAGCCCGGAUCCACCCAAGCUGCUGGGCCCAGGCCUCCAGCGCGGGAGGUUCUUUCUCCUGAGACCGGGGAGGAUGGCGACUGGCAUGUCGCUGCCUUGACGAACCUGUCAGAGGAGGAGGAGCUUUGGACGGAUGCGGGUCAAGGCAACUUUACACAUUGGGCAGCGGAGGUGGGUCGCAUGUUUCUGUGGUCGGAGCAGACCGGUGUGCUUUAC